AUGUCGAAGCAGGGACCGGAUGGUGGCGGCGGGGACGGGGGGGAGCGGGAGCUGCUGAGCGGCAGCAGCGAGCAGCGGUGCCGGGCCCGGUUGGCGGCGGGAGCCCGGCGGGGCGGGGGCGGCCCGGUGGUGGCGGCGGCGGCGGCGGUGCUGGUGCCGCUGUGCUCGGUGCGGGGCCGCCCUGCCUUGCUCUACACAUUACGGUCCCGCCGCCUGGGCGGGCCCCACAGCGGUGACGUCAGCUUCCCCGGGGGCCGGCGGGACCCGGCGGACGGUGACGAGGUGGCCACGGCGCUGCGGGAGACGCGGGAGGAGCUGGGGCUGGAGUUAGGGACAAGGAGCGUCUGGGGACAGCUGCGGACACUGCCAGACCGGCAUGGCCUGACCGUGGCUCCUGUGGUGGCCAACUUGGGGCCACUGGAGGACUUGACGCUGACCCCUAACCCAGCUGAGGUGGAGGAGGUCUUCACCCUACCCUUGGCCCACCUGCUGCGUGAGGAGAACCAGGGCUACACUCACUUCCGUGGCUCCAGCGGCCGCUACGGCUACACCCUGCCCGUCUUCCUCAACGGCCCCCACAAGGUGUGGGGGCUGACAGCCAUCAUCACCGAGCUCACCCUGGACCUGCUGGCCCCUGGCCGCUACCGCAAGAAGACCUGCGUGCCGGCGGCCAGCCCCGCGCCGCGGCCACGGGAGGGCGCCACCGCCUGA